AUCAAUCUAUUCCCACCUUAUUCCUCACACUUUCUCUCUCUUCCUCUUUACACCACCACACCUUCUCGCCAACCCUUUCCUCUCCUUUCAACCUCUACCGGAUUUUCAACCAUCUCCAGCCCAAGCAGCACUUUACAUCUCGCUUUUGCUUUCCAUCAUUCUUCUUGCAAAUCCUCGACACGCUCCCAACAGACGCGACUAAUUCUCACCACCGCCCACUUUUGGCCCGACGACUCGUUCCGACUUGCACGCAUCUCCAACACCUUCUCUCGUAAUAAAGACGCGUAAAUUUACAAACGACUUCGUCAACCACCUUCAACGGCAACAUCUUGCCUGUUGAUAAAUCAACUGCUACUACAGACCAUACCUCCCCUCAUCACAGUUGACCGGCCAAAAUGGCCAAGUCGACGCGUUUUCUCGGCUCCAGCGAGCCUCUUCAGAUCUUCCAGGACGACAUGUUCGAGAACCCUAGACCCAUGAUUAGCCACGCUCCGAUGCCUUCAGUAACCAGACCAGCUCGCCGCCCGCUUGGCUCUUCCAGCUCCAACGUCGUAUUGAACCCUCCCGCUACCGUCGCCGCUAGCUUCUCGCCAUACAAGGCCAAGUCCUUGUCGCCUCGCUCGCCUCUUUCCGUACAAGGAGCCAAGCUCAACCUCAUCCCGAUGGCACCGCCCAUGCACAAGCACCACAUGACAGAUUCGCUUCAGAAGAAGCCCCAGCUAUCAAACUUCAAAACCUCGCACAAGCAAUCUUUCGACGCCAUGUCGUUUGGCAAGGAGAACAUGCACCCUCAGCUGUUCCCCGCUCCACCAACGAUGAAUCUUUCGGUUGAUCACUACUACCAAAAGGACAAUGGCAAGCGCGUUCUCAUGGAAGCCGCACCCCUUCGUGAUGCUAGAGCCCCCAAGAAGGCCAAGACCAACGACGGAUCUCUCCCCGCCCAUGAUUCAUUCCCUGCCAUCAUUGAUGAUGGAACCAAGCCCGCUCACAGCUACGCCCAGUUGAUUGGCAUGGCCAUUCUUCGUUCGCCCUUGCGCCGCCUCACACUCGCCCAGAUUUACAAGUGGAUUAGUGACAGCUACUCGUUCUACAACCCCAACGAUGCCGGAUGGCAGAACAGCAUUCGCCAUAACCUCAGCCUUCACAAGAACUUUAUUAAGAUUGAGCGACCCAAGGAUGACCCCGGAAAGGGCAACUACUGGGGCAUUGAGCCCGGAACUGAGCACCAGUUCCUUAAGGAGAAGCCUCCUCGCAAGUCUGCACCCUCUGCUGAAAACAUCCCUGUUAUGUCGACUCGCCUGGAGCCAUCGAGACACAUCCCAUCCAUGAUGUCCGAACCUACUCUUCCUCCUCACAUCCACAUGCACCAGUCCUCCCUCCCGCCUGUGCCUACUUCUCAAGCUACCAUGACCAUGGCGGCUGAACUGUCUUCGGAUGCCACGAUUUUGGUCUCCGACGGCGCUGCCCCAGAAGACUCUGGUGACCGAACUGGUGAGCCAGAGCUUCCUGGAGACUCGCUCUUCUCUCCUGUUCACUCAUCGCCGCCUGUGGCCAGACACGAUCAGCGUAACAAUGGCACGCCUCCUUCCAUGUCUCGACACACAUCAUCUGUUUCUCGCUCGCAUAAGCGCAAUUUCGCGUCUAUGGAUGACAGUGGUUACAUUUCUUCACUUGAGUCGUCUGUUAUGCGACCAAACCAGAAGGCUCUUCUGCUUACUUCGGAAGCAGACCGCCCUCGCAUCAAGCGUGGCCGCGCUGAGGAGGAGAUUGCUCGCCUCCGCGGUUCUUCACCAUUUAGCCCCACGAAAUCCCGCUCAUUCUCAUACGGCCCUGCCUCAUCUUCACCACUGAGACAUAUUACCGAAAACCAGAUGCUUCCCCCCUUGACCCCUGUGGUAAAGAUGAAGCCUGCUGUCCGCCCUCCUCCCUCCGUCUCUCCCAACACUAACCUCCGCAUCCAUCGCGAUAAGGUUAGACACAUGCUGCAGUCUCCUCUGCGCCGUGUCGUUGGUGUUAGCGAGGAUAACAUGCCAUGGAGCCCUGCCUUCCAGCUGGAUGAGGCCAUCUACGCUUUUGAUGACAUUGACACCACUGGUGGAGAGUUUGACAUCUUCCAAGACCUUGCUGGUCUUGAUGAUGCAUCCUUCCCUGUUAUCGGCUCUGCUGCUGCUGGCUCGCCUGUCAAGCGACCCGCAAAGCGUUCCCGAUUGGAUAGAUCUUUGUCAACAUCUGCCCUGCACGAAGCCUCUACUUCCAAGAAGUCUAUCACUUCUGCUCCUCUUUUGAGAGUACCCGAGCACUCCCCAAUGCGAUUCUUGGAUACACCAAGCAAGGCAUUUGAGGGCCUCAGCUCACCCUCCAGACUUUUCCAGCAAUCCCCUUGCCGAAACUCGCCAAGCAAGUUUUCUGGCUCGCUCCUGGACAUACCUGCCGAUGCAGACUGGUCUUCGCUAGCUAUGGAUGCUUCUGACUUCAUGGCUGGAGCCAGUGGCGACGCGGCCGACUUCUCUGGCCUUGAUAUCAUGCAAGGCUUCCAAAAGAUUGGUGCUGAUGCUCAGAAGGCCAAGGCAUCCAAGCCUGGGCUGGAGCGCAGCUACACCACUACCUUUUAAACACAAUGGGCAUAAAGACGCGAAUGCGCAACAGACUUUUUAACGACACGAAUAUUAUGAUUUAACGAGUAGCUUUUGCUACUAGGGGCACGUUUAUGAAUAGAACAAAGCAGAUACUUUCUGCAAUAUGGAAGGGUGUAGGCUUCACAGCUUGACGCGUUUUGUGAUGAGGCAUCACUUUGCAACUUGAUAGUUUUACGUGGAUUGUUUUUUUACGGCAUCUUUUGCGCAUUUUUGCGACGAAACAACGGCGUUGGCGGUUUGCUUUUGUUUCUUUGGAAAUUGUCUCUGGCCAUGGGAUUGGCUCUUGUUUUUUGCUUAUGGAAGCUCUGAUUUGGACAGGAGUUUUGCUACUUUUUUGCUUUUCAAUAGCGGACUUUUAUGAUGGUAGAGCCCCCUUGGCUUGGAUGAAUGGAAAGGCAUGUGUAUCAGCAAAUAUCUUUGGCUUGUUUAAUUUCAUUUCUAUUGGAACACUAAAAUC